AUAUUCAACUGUUGCAUGAACCGCGAACCCAAAAUCGAACCUGCGUCGGGGGUACUGCAAACCGAUCAACAAACCCAAACUUGGGAGCUAAAAACCUAGAUCUAAAAAAUCAGGUUGCAGUUAUGGUGCGUGACAGGUUUGGAGAAGCAACCGCAGUCAAAGAUGACGAAUGCGCGGUCUCGACGGUCCUCUUGUGGUGUGUGGCCUCCAUGCGCUCUAUGAACUUGGACUCGUUGGAGAAGUCGAGGUAGUCACACCCCACGGCGGCGCAUGCGACCAUGACGGGCUCGCUGUGGAGGCGGAAAGGGCCCACGAAAUUAACGAGGGGAGGAAGGGAGAAAGCGUGUAGAGUUUGGAUUUCAAGUUGUUGUUGUUGAGGGGUUGGGGUUGCCUUUCUCAGAGGAGGGGUCAACUUGGAUGAAGGUGGAAAGUGCUUUUAAAAAAAAGUUUUUUUAAACUUAUAUUCAAACGAUAUCGUAAUUAUUUUUUAUUUUUGUAAAUGUUACAUUACAUGUGACAUGUAUGUGUGGCCGACCUAUGAUCACAUAUAUUUAAUAGAUAACGAAUUUAAUAGGAAUCUGAUUAAAAAAAAAAUUUAAUAGAAACCAAAUGUCAAACAAAUAUAUAUCAUAAAUUAAAAAUAUAUUUAAAUCUUUUUUCUUGUGAUUUCUUUAUUUUAUUUUUCUAAUUUUUUAAUUACUCAAUCCAAUGGUUAAGAUUGGAUUCGAUUGCACCGAGUUGUUAACAGGACAAAAAAAGUAAACCCAAUCAACUCAACACAAUUAUGUUUAAUUGAACAUUGAAAUAGGAUACUAUUUCAGGACAGUUAUUUCAAAAUAGGAUACUAUUUCGUGAGGUUGGUUUUCUCCACUGAACAUUGACUCUAACUACCUGUGACAGCUACAACCUUCUAUUUCUCUUUUAUUAACACACUGGAUUGCACCAGCAAAACGGCUGGAACUAUCUGUAUCCAUCUUAUAAUUAGUCCCCCUUCAUCAAGAAGAUGAACAAAAGAAGAAUGUUUUCUUACCGUCUUUAUUACUUAUUCCUUGUCACCUUGUGAAAGCUUUUAAGCUAAAAAUACAACAUACCCUCUAUCAUAAAUGAAACAUUAAUACCAAUUGAUGUUACACGUGUAUAGUAGUCUAUUUGUGACAGUUAGUUUUUUUUUUUUUUUGAGAGAGAGAAAUUGAUGACAGUUAGUUAGUUAUAAGGGUUUGGGAAUUCUCUUGGGAUAUAAAUUGAAAUUCCCUGCAUCAACUCAUCGUAAUAUCAACAUUUCAGUUUUUCCCUUGUUUUAGAUUUAUUCAGAUGGUAUCAGAGCUCCAAUUCAAUUGGAGCUCUGCGGUGCAUAGUGAUUUUGAUAUUCGAUCGUCUUUCUUUGACGCCUGAUCUCCAUCUCCAAUCCCAUUGUUGAUCUCUAGGAUAGGCUCUGAUACCUUCUUAGAAUUUGGGUUUGAGCCUAACUCAAUCCCACAAAACCGGCCAUAUCACUAGUUUAGGUGGGAUCUCCAACAAUUAUUAUACUCAGAAAUUGAAGCUGGUUCAGGAUUUGAAAGUUUUAAUGGCUUUGAGAUAUAUUUAUAGCUAUGCUCAUAAGUUGAACAGAUUUCCUGGUUUGGCAAGGAAGGCAAUAUGGAAGGUUGGCAAAGAGGAUCCAAGAAGGGUGGUUCAUUCUAUGAAAGUUGGUACGGCUUUGGUACUAGUUUCUUUGUUGUAUCUGUUGGAGCCAUUGUUUAAUGGGAUAGGGAAAAACGCUAUGUGGGCUGUCAUGACUGUGGUUGUGGUGAUGGAGUUCACUGUAGGGGCAACAUUGUGCAAAGGACUAAAUAGAGGAUUGGGGACUCUCUUGGCAGGAUCAUUGGCAUUUCUUAUUAAGUAUUUUGCAGAUGCCCCUGGUCGGAUUUUUCAAGCAGUAUACAUUGGUGUUUCAGUUUUUAUGAUAGGAGCAUUAACUACUUAUGUGAGGUUCAUUCCCUCUAUCAAGAAGAAUUAUGACUAUGGUGUUCUGAUCUUUCUUCUCACCUUUAAUUUGAUAACUGUAUCAAGCUACCGCGUUAAUGAUGUCUGGGACUUUGCAAAAGAUCGCAUAUCCACCAUUGCCAUAGGAUGUGGCCUAUGUCUUCUGAUGAGCAUAUUGGUGUUUCCAAACUGGUCAGGGGAAGAGCUCCACAACAACACCAUAUCAAGGCUCGAAGGCUUAGCCAACUCUAUACAAGUCUGUAUCACGGGAUAUUUUUAUGAUUCUGCAAAACAAGCAACUGAAGGUGAUUCAUCUGAGAAUCCAAUUUACGAAGGUUACAAGGCUGUUUUAGACUCCAAAGUAAAAGAUGAAACACUGGCGUCACAAGCAAGCUGGGAACCAAGAUUCUCAAGAUAUUGUCACAGAACUCCGUGGCAUCAAUAUACAAGAGUGGGAGCUGCUCUUCGCCAAUUCAGUUACACUGUUGUAGCACUACAUGGAUGUCUACAGUCUGAAAUUCAGACACCAAAGUCAAUUAGUACCCUGUACAAAGAUUCUUGCAUCAGACUUGGAGAGGAAGUGUCAAAAGUAUUAAGGGAACUGGCCAACAGCAUAAGGAACAAACGUCAAUUCUCCCCUCAAACACUCUCCAGGAAUCUAAAGGAUGCAUUACAAGACCUUCACAGUGCCUUGAAAUCCCAACCACAACUUGUACUAGGCUCGAGGAAUGGUCGAACUCAAACCCCUAAAACCGCAGUUCAAGCAGUUCCACAUCCACAUCCUGACCAAAAGCUUGAAGAGGACACCAAAUUCUCAUUCUCAAGUGUUAGGAAUGGUUCACGUGGAUCCGGAUGUCAAUCCGUAGAGCACUCUCGUGAACUGACAAGGAAGGUUUUAAGGCCACAGAUGAGUAUGAGUGCCAUCAUUAGCCUUGAGUUCUCAGAAGCAUUACCCUUUGCUGCUUUCACUUCUUUGCUUGUAGAGAUGGUGGCUAAACUGGAUUAUGUUAUGGAUGAAGUUGAUGAGUUGGGCAUAAUAGCACAUUUUGAAGAGUUCCAAGGUGAUGAGAUUGUCGUGACUUGUGAAAAACCAAACAUCAAUAAACCUCAGAAUGACUUGCCUUCUUAUGGAGCAGAGUAGUUAGUAUAGAAUCCAAAUGGAGUACUGGAGCAUAUUCUUCGUUGCAAUUGCUGCUUAUCAUCCCAUGGCAUGCAUGCAUACAUACAUAUAUAUACAUACAUUCUAGUGCGUAUGUAAAGGAACUUGCUAGUCUUCUUACAUGGAGAAGAGUGCACGUAAAAUGCUUCCACAACAAGUUACCCUGAAUUGCAAAGUGAGCUCCUUGGUUUGUUAUGGCUAGCUUACUUUGAUUCAGUUACAUUACCUAUGGAGCCUUGUGCACAUGGAAGAGUUAGAUAUAUACAUCUUGGUAGAUGAUUUUACCUUGUGGAUUUGAGGAUUGCUUGGAGAACAAAUCUCACCAUUGUAAGUUAAAAAUAAAUAAAAGAUUAUAUAUAUUGAGUUCAAAGUGGUAUGACAAACACGCCACUUGAAUUAAAAAUUCA